ACUGAUGACGUGUGACGUAAAAUGCGGAAGUGAGCCUGGUAGCAGGUGUUUGCGUAUUUUUGUCGGUGGAGGAGGCACCUCGAGUGAUAAUACUACAGAAGGCACUGGUUGAUUCUAUUCAACUGUUCUAGCUAAUAUCCAGAGCRUGCAAGGAUGGCACAGUUGGGUGCCAUAGCCUCAAUAAUCUGUGCAAUUGGAGGUGCAGCUCUCUUCUCUUCUGUGCACAAGAUUGAGGAGGGACACACUGGAGUUUACUACAGAGGAGGAGCUCUCCUGACCACCACCAGUAGCCCUGGCUUCCACCUCAUGAUGCCCUUCAUCACUAAUUUCAAGUCUGUGCAGACCACUCUACAGACAGAUGAAGUGAAGAAUGUACCGUGUGGAACAGGUGGUGGAGUGAUGAUUUACUUUGACCGGAUAGAAGUGGUGAACUACCUUGUACCCUCAGCAGUGUAUGAUAUAGUGAAGAACUUCACAGCGGAUUACGACAAGGCCUUAAUAUUCAAUAAGGUUCACCAUGAGCUCAACCAGUUCUGCAGCGUCCAUUCUCUUCAGGAGGUCUACAUCGGCUUGUUCGGCGGUCCGGGUCACGAAGCCCAACAUCCCUGAGAGCAUUCGCAGGAACUAUGAGAUGAUGGAGGCUGAGAAGACAAAGCUGCUGAUUUCUGCUCAGACUCAGAAGGUGGUGGAGAAGGAGGCGGAGACAGAGCGAAAGAGGGCUGUGAUUGAGGCAGAGAAGGUGGCUCAAGUGGCGGAAAUCAAGUUUAGCCAGAAAGUCAUGGAGAAAGAAACAGAGAAAACUAUCUCUGAAAUUGAAGACAGAGCUUUCCUGGCCAAGAUGAGAGCCAGGGCCGAUGCAGAGUUCUACACAGCACAAAGAGCCGCUGAGGCCAAUAAGUUGAAGCUGACGCCAGAGUACCUGCAGCUGAUGAAGUUCCAGGCCAUAGCAGCUAACAGUAAGAUCUACUUUGGGAGUAAGAUCCCCCAGAUGUUUGUUGACUCUGGGCCAGGCGCUUCUAAGGCCUCAGCUGCCAUGGACGUCCUAGCUGAACAGAUCCUGGACCUGGACUGAUGGAGAGGGGAGACCCAUUCUAGGGCUGGAGCUGUGGAGCUGGGCCCAGGCCAGGCACAAGAUGGGGUGGUAGAGGAGCCUUGGGUUUUGUUUUUGUUUAUGAAUCCCAAAUAGCACCUUAUUCCCUAUAUAGUGUACUACUACUUUUGACUACUAUUGUGCACUACUACCCAUAGGGCUCUUGUCAAAAGUGGUGCACUAUAUAGGGAAUAGGYUGCCAUUUGGGAUGCAGCCCUGGACCAGGAGGCUUUACUAGCUCUACAACAGACUAUCUUGAGAAGACCGUAGGCGAAACAAAGAGAUAUUGAAUGUAACAGUGUAAUGUGGUUUGUUUCUGUUGGCUGAAUUAUCACUUUUUGUUUUUGUGUUGUUUUGUUAAUUUCCUCUUGGACCAGGGACAUUUAAACAUUAACUGAACUUAUGCAAGUGUGUGAUUACCUUGUUUCUUCAUACAGACCUCUCUCCCAUAAGAAUUGUCUUACUAUCUUUACUAUCUUGCCAGGGUCUUAUCACAACAACAGAUGUAACCGAUCUUGACUAAACACAUAAUUGUGCAUUUUUUUCUCUCGUGUACAUUAUCUCUUGUAUAGAGUUGUCACGGUGUGAUUUCUUCACAGAAAAACAAACAAAAGCUAAUGACUUUAUUGGAAGGAUUUGGUAAUGGAUUCAAUGGUAUAAUGAUCUCAAUGGGGUUGUAAUGAAAGAUACAGCAGCAGCUUUUGUAAUUCUGCAUUUCACUCACUGGUGCCCUCAGUAUUGGAGACAGAGCUCAGUUGGGGUUAAUCAUUUGUAUGUUUUUCACCAGUGCUUAACUAAACUUGUUUGUGAGGCAUUUGAUUCGUGUACUGUGUAUCUAUAAAACUGUUCUCUUAAUGUAACUGGUUUGCUCUGCGUUAGCUGUGCGAGUGACUACCUGUAUAAACUGUUUUAGACUCGCUCAGGUUGACUUGACUGAUUAUGACUUGAAGGGAACUGUUUUUGCACUCUCACUGAUAUUAAAUUGUGAAUGAGCAAUCCAUAAUUUUGUCAUUUAUACAAUAAAAUUAGUUUUCCUUUGUAGA